CCUUUGAAUGACAGCCGCUGUUCGGGCUGCGUGACAUUGUGGCAGGACGAGACUCUCCAGGCUCCAAAGUGACUCGGACGGGGACGGCAGGUGGAAGAAGCAGGGCUGAGAUGCGCCCUGGCGGCUGGUUUUACGCGCAGAGACUCGCGGCGCACGGCUCCGUUUCAUGACAGCAGCACUUAUGUCGGCUCCGUGGAUCUGCGUUGGCAGCCUGUGAGGGGAAAUUCAGCGGCAGAUGCGUGAAAGUGCGUGGACGAGCAUCUGGGAGCCUCGUUCUUACUGCAAAGUGCCAAACUCGCGGUUCACAGGUGAAUCUGGCUGCGCAUGAUGUACACGAUCACUAGAGGUCCCAGCAAACUGGUCACCCAGCGACGCACAGGGCCUACACAACCACUGGAGAACAAAGCAAACGACUUUAAGCACAAGCAGACGUCCUGGAACAUGCCUGACCUUCCUGCACCCAAGAUAGUUUUCAACCGUCUGAACGGUAAGAAGUACCAUCACCCUGCUCCGGCUCUCCCUGCAGACACGCAGCCUGACGAGAGCUUCAGCCCCGCACACGAGGAAAACGUCAAGUUUGUCUAUGAGGCCUGGCAGGAGGUGCUUGAGCAGGAGCAGGGGCCGGGCCAGGGGCCAGCGGUGGCCCAGAGAGUGGUCCACUACAAAGAGACCGGUCCCGGCCCACACAUGGACACCUUCGUGCCCAUAGAUCUGGAUGAAUGGUGGGCCCAGCGCUUCUUGGCCAACAUAGACAAGCUUUCCUGACGCUCAUCCGGGAUUUGAUGCUGUUGGACAGUCAGGAGGUGAGACCUGAAGCAGGACGGCUGACGGAGGAGGAGGAAGCCUGGACGGGAGGGUUGAUGGGCCAGAGUGCCCUGAUGUGAUUCAGAUGGACUGACAGUGCUGGGACGCUGGCAGAGAAACUACCGAGAAUCACUUGAACUGUUUCCUUCUAGCGGCAGUCCGUCUGUCUCCAAAUGUUCCGAGACAGACUGCAGGCAGGAGGACGACGUCUCCAAGCCGAGGUUUCUCUCAUGUUUUGACCCUCACAGCAGAGAUGUUGCUUUGAAAUGCAAUAAAUUGUAUUUUCAAUAA